UAAGUAUCUUUUUAUUGAAAUAAUAAAAUAAACAUGUCGCUAACGAAUUAUUAUUCCAUAAUGGGUGUCCAAACCGAGGAAGCGUACGGUGCGCAUUUUAUCACGGGCGGUUUGCAGGGUUCGACGGCCGGGUGCGCUAAGCCUACCAGGGGAGCGGAGCAGGAGCAGCAGGAAGAAGAGGGGACCCUGGUCUCACACAUCCCGGAUUUUUCUAAUUUUUCCAACAAAGCCAGUCUGAAUGGUUUUUCUCCUUGGACAAAUACGUCUAUCUCCACCCCGACGUCUUCCCAGCUGCAAAGCGCAUCCGCUGCUUCCCUCCCUGGACUCUUUCAUCCACAUCCCCUCCUAAGCCACCACCACCACUCUUACUACGGCCCACAAGCUCAGACCCACGCUGAGCACCUCGCGUCCGCGGCAGUGUCCGACAGCAGGUUCGUCCGCUGCUGGGAGGGGGAGACCCCUGCCUCGGAGACCGCUCUGUCGCAGGUUACACCCAGUUUCUCCGCGUGUCUUCCCAAGCAAAGGGAACUGUCUAAUCCCAGCCCCUCCUAUGACGCGGUUAAACCAGAGAGCUCGCCGCCGUCCCGCGACAGAGCCGAGGAGUCCAGCUUCGCUACCCCGGCAGAGGUGCUCUUGGAGCGGCUGGGGACGGCGGAGGAGUCGGGGAGGAAGACUGAGCCGAAGAAGGAGGACGAGGAGAGAAAUACACGACAGCAGCAGAAGCUCGACCCGGAAAAUCCAUCGGCCAGCUGGAUCCACGCCAAAUCCACUCGUAAAAAGAGGUGCCCCUACACCAAGCACCAAACCCUGGAGCUGGAGAAGGAGUUCCUCUACAACAUGUACCUGACAAGGGACCGGCGCCUGGAGGUGGCAGGACUCUUAAAUCUGACAGAGAGACAGGUGAAAAUCUGGUUCCAGAACAGGCGGAUGAAGAUGAAGAAGCUGAUGAUUCGGGAGAGGAGGAGUAUGAAUGACUGAUAGCUCUGGAGGAUGAGUAUAUAUAUAUAAAUAGAUAUAUUUUGUUUUUGUUUUAUCUCUCCCAUGGGAUGGGGAUGUAGAGGGGAAAAGGUGUUGAAGCUAGCUCAUUAAACAAAACGCAGAGCCCCAUGAUGCUCAGUGUCACCUGCCCUGAAAAUUGUGACGGGGAGAAUAGGAUGUGUUGUAUUACCUCACUGCCAUCAGGCCUUCAGUUUUUAAAUCAUCUGUAAUCCCCUAUCCGUGUGUUUUACUGUGAAAACAAUCUGGAUCGUAUGUGAAUUUAAAACAUAUGUAACAAUUAACAUUUUAAAAAAGCCCUAAAAUGUGUCUGACCUUAAAGUUGAAAUAUUUUUAACUAUAGAAAUAUUCCCACUAUUACCACAAACACAAAUUUUAGUCUAAUCCAGUGAGAUUUGAUUUGUGGUAAACUGACACAAAUUAUUGUGGAAUUAUGAAGUUGAAGACAAAUUUCAUGUUUUUUUGAAAUUUGUUUUGUUUUGUUUUGUUAAUCCAAAUAUGAA